ACUUCCGCAGCGGCCGCCAUCUUGUUGGCGGUUGGCGGAGCUCGGCUCGGCAGCGUUCUCCCCGAGAGGCUUCCGCUCGCCUCGUCGCCGCUGCGGCCUUUGCUCGGCCGACCGCUGUUUCGGUGUGAGCGGGAGUCGCCCCUCUCCGGCGACGCCAUGGCCAACAACUGCCCCGUCGUGGGCGCCGGGAACUGCCACCAACAGCAGCAGCAGCACCAGCAGCAGUCGCCUCAGCAGCAGCCGGGAGGCCAACAGCAGCAGCAGCCGCCUCUCCCGCUCCCGCAGGCCGGCGCCGUUUUGUCGCCUCCGCUGCCGCUGCAGAGCGCGGGGCCCAAGCCGGCGGCCUCGGGGAAGCAGGGCAACGUGCUGCCCCUGUGGGGGAACGAGAAGACCAUGAACCUGAACCCCAUGAUCCUCACCAACAUCCUCUCCUCGCCGUACUUCAAGGUGCAGCUUUACGAGCUCAAGACCUACCACGAGGUGGUCGACGAAAUCUACUUCAAGGUGAGCCGGGAACCCGGGAAGGAACUAGGUCCUUUCGGAGGAAGCCGGCGAGAUUCUUGUUUUCAAAUCCUGUGGUUCGCUGAUCACCGCGUGGCCGAGCAGGGCUUAUCUGGCCUGGGCCCAAAAACAUAAGGCUCUUCGCAGCUGUCUCUUCCACAAUCCAAUCCCAUACUAUUUUUAAUAAUAAUGAAUAUUUUAUUCCAGUCUCGCCAUCAAAGUGGGAGAUGCUGACCUAUUUCUUCCCACGGCCGUCAGAGAGAAGGCGAUGUAGUUGUAAUGUGGCUACUUUUUUAUUUUGGGAAAUGCCUAUUCAAUUCUUUGUCUCAUUCCAAACUCCAGAUCUCGAUCUCUCUCUAUCUCUCUUCCCACCCUCCCAAUAUCUUACCAGUCAGACUUGCAUGUUGGUUGAAUUUAGAAACUUAUUGCCAGCGCUGCGUGUGUGUUAAAACUGGAGAUUGCACUGGGCAGCAUGUUCACGUCCUCUCCUAGCCAAAGAUCUAAAACAGGCGGUAGAGGAACUCAUCAGGAGGUAACCAGCACGCUGCAUUCUCUGUUACAUUGGAACAUAACACUGUCCUGCUAAUUUUAAUGCUAAUAGGUUAAAAUUUGAGGCCUACUGGUUGAUUUUGGCUGUCUUAAAAUGGAAUUCUAAUACGCUGUGUAUUUCAGAUGCUGUGAGUAAAAGCUGUUUAGUUUGAUCUGUGUGACCCUGCUUUCAGUCAUUCUUAUGGCUGCUAACAGUCUUUUAUUUAUUAAAUCGGGGUUCUGUAACCUGGAAGAUUAAGACUGUCAUUUAUUUUCUAUGAACCAGUUUAAGCUUUGAAACGUUGCUUUUCAGGUGUUUUUGGAGUCGAUAAACAUAUGGAGAGCCACAACUUCCCCAUCCUUCACCCAGAACCUAGCCCACCACUUAGAUAUCUUAAAAUUACCUAAAUUCACAGUGGAGUAAUGUCAUUUGGGACCAACCAGAUUGUCACAAAAGGGGGCGGGGGGGUAAACAGUUAAAAAAUGGGGCUAAUGAUGUAGCCAUUUAUUAUUCUCCAACCACACCCCUUUUGUGUAUCAUAACUGAUUAACAGUUCUGAAGAACUCAAAAGUACCACAUGCUUAUGACAUUUUGGGUAGUCUCAAUAAAAGUACUAUCCAACUAGAUUUUGGUGGGGGGGUUUCUUACAGACAGAUAUAGCUACCGUUGCCUUUUAAAUUCACUUAUUUUUCUGUACUUUCUGGUCCUUUUCAAAUAACUUUGGUAUGGGACUUGAGGGAAUACAGGAGGAAGGACUUGAACUCUCCAUAGGUUACAUUGUUUCUCCUGAAUCACUUAGCGUACUUUGUUAUAGAAUAAUUUGAUAUGCUCAAGACUUUUUGGGGGGAGCACAAGCAGAAAUCAAGUGGGCUGUUAGAUUGGGCUAUUGAAUUUAAAUUAAUUGAGCUCAUAGAUAAGUGUGUUUAUGUUCCAAGUUUUUCUCCACUUCUGUUCUCUUAAUCCAUAUCUUCAUAACAUCAAAUAUAGGGAAAUCAGAUCUAUCUGCAUUUUCCAGGAGGCAUUACAACCUUCGGUUAAUUUCAUUGGCUUUUUCUCUUGCUGAUCAUUCAGUGGUUAUAGUGUGGCAUAGUGUGACUCUUUUUACCACUUAAUUUAAAAGCAUCAAAACCUCAUUCUUUUUAACUAGCAAAUGAUUUAUUUCUAGAGCUUGUAGGGUCCAUCUACAUUUAAUCGCCUCACUUUCAAAAAAUGCUACCUUAAGCAAAAUAUUGAUUAUUGAUUCUUUAAUUUCUAUACCACUUAAUAUACAGUGGUACCUUGGUUUACAAACUUAAUCUGUUCCAGAAGUCCGUUCUUAAACCGAGGUGUGCUUUCCCUAAUGAGGCCUCCCGCCAUCGGUGCCCUUCCAAAGAUUACCAAAAUGUAAGAUAUACUUGCCAAAAAUGUCAGUUAUAUCUGAUAUGCUGGUUACCUUGGUUGUUAAGAGCGUGGUGCUGAAAACACCAAAGUCAAGGAUUUGAUCCUCAUAUGGGUGCAUAUUCCUGCAUCGCAUGGGGUUGGACUAGAUGAUCCAUGGGGAUCCUUCCAACUCUGUGAUUCUAUUAUUUUAUUUUACAAUGUCUAUUAUUUGAUUAAGAUUUGCUUUCCUCAUUUUUUCCUUCCUUUGUUUUUUUUCAUACUGCCUCCUUUACCCCCAAAGUUAACUUAAAGCAACAUUUUCAGAUAACAUGUUUCAUUCAUGCUUAAAUUAAAACAUAGGAAACAUGGGGAAAGCUAUUAAGUUUCUGUAAUUUGUCAGUCAAAAUUGUCUUACAUAUGUAAAUCAUGUAUAUUGGAAAUACUUCAAAUAAAUAACAACAAGUUGAAAUAGUUUUCAUAUGAAGUGUAGAGCAAUCACGUUUACUCAAAUGUAUGCUCUUUAUUACACUGAGAUUUACAAGCUUCUUAGCAUGGAUAAAAUUGCAACCUUGGAGAUGGUUUCAAUGUAAUGUGAAACCAUGCUGUACUGUGAACAAACAGUGGUGAGCCUUAGAAUCAUACUCUCUGUCCUCUCCAAGCUUUUAAUCAUUUUUCAGUUGAAUAUGUGCACAGAGCAAAAUGGCACCUGUAACACUGAAGUGGGAGCCCUUCCCACUGUGAAGAUAGCAUAGAAAACCUGGACUAGAUUGAGAAGAGCACGCACUGUACAAUAAUUUCAUGCCUGGAACUCGGUACAGAGAUGGGGUGGUGAAGAGCCACAACAUGUUCUCUUCCUAUGUAUCUUGGAGCAAAUCAUGCUAUAUUAUGAUUAUGAUUAUCAUUAUGAUUAUUCAUAAUGGUUUCCCCAGCCACUCUUGGUGGCUCCCAACAGAAUAUUAGAAACAUGAUAAAAUAUCAAACAUUAAAAACUUCCCUAAACAGGGUUGCCUUCAGAUGUACAGUCAUACCUCGGGUUGAAGUAGCUUCAGGUUAAGUAUUUUCGGGUUGAGCGCGUUACUUCCAGGUUUCACCGCAUGCGCAGACGCUCAAAAUGACGUCAUGCGCGGAAGCGGUGAGACGCGCAGUCACGUGUUACAUUCUACUCAGGAUGCGAACGGGGCUCGGGAACAGAUCCCAUUCGCAUCCAGAGAUGACCACUGUAUUCUAAAAGUCAGAUAGUUGUUUAUUUCCUGAUGGAAGGGCGUUCCCAGGGCGGGCCCCACUACCGAGAAGGCCCUCUGCCUGGUUCCUUGUAACCUCACUUUUCACAGUGAGGGAACUGCCAGAAGGCCCUCAGAGGUGGACCUUAGUGUCCGGGCUGAACGAUGGGGACGGAGAUGCUCCUUCAGGUAUACUGGGCCGAAGCCAUUUAGGGCUUUAAAAGUCAGCACCAACACUUUGAAUUGUGCUCAGAAACAUACAGCUUGGGAAGAAGCUGUAUUGUAAUGCUUAUAGCUUUGAUGGUCAGGGUCCACAGAAGAGUCAGUUCUUCAACAAAUGAACUCAAAGCCCCUUCAGGUAAUGGCAGGGGUCCAUUAAUAGCUGAUGAUUAUUGUGUAUAUUGGCAGGAGCCCCUAAUUUCUGACCUUUCUGAAGAAUGGCUUGUUGUCUUUUACAAAGACUCUGAAAAUAGUCAGAUGUUUUUCAAGUUUGGUGCAAUAAGAACAAUCUUCAGAAUACCUCUGAAGUUCAAAAUGACAUCAAUGACAAAAUAUUCCUCCCCUUGUCAUAGGCACACAUGUAGUGUAGAGCCAAAUUUUAGCUGGUUACUAGGGCCAGCCAAAAUUUGUGGACCCCUAGCAAACAGAACUACUUUCUCCAUUCCUUGGCUUCUUGCCUAAGUCACCACUACUUUGCACAACCAUACACUUGCCAUUUAUUAUUCAUGAUUAGAAUUUACAAACCACUUAAUAUAGAAUACCAAAGUGAUGGACAUAAGAUAAACAAAAUUAAAUGCAUAAUAACUGAGCUAGUAUAAUUUUCUUGAAAUAGAAAAUGAAAGGUAGGUAAGAUAUUAAUAACUGAAUAGCUGAACACUUUGUAGAGAAAGAUAGAGGGCAUAAAGUAGAAAAGUGAUAACCAGGUGACAUCACUGCAUGAUUUGUCUGAAGAACAGACUAUUGUCUCCUGGAGCCUCUAGCCUAUCAAAAUUUACCAAUCAUCUCAUAGGCCAUAAUAAUAAAUAUUAGUUGCAGUGCUAUAUUUGUAUUCUGAAAAUGUAAAAGCCAGAUUGACAGUCAAAUCCUGCAUGUUUAUUUAAAAGCAAGUAAAAAAUAUUUGACAGAGCUUAUUCUCAAAUAAUUGUGCAUAUGAGACAUGACCUUAGUUUUAAAUAGAUAUUAACAAGUACACCUCUAGCUCAUUUUGUAUUGGACUUGGGGUUGAGGAAUGAUUUGUCCUUACUAUUUGCUGAGGGCGGGGGCAAUAGGAAUGGGUGUGUCGAUGACACACUGUGCUUAGUACAGUCUGAGUUAAAGUGUAAAUCUAAAAUGAUGAUGGGUUGAUUAAUUGCUUUAUUGUUUUCAGGUUACACAUGUUGAGCCUUGGGAGAAAGGCAGCAGAAAAACAGCAGGCCAGACAGGGAUGUGCGGAGGGGUAAGUAGAAGUACGUGCCUUCUGAAGUUUUUUAUAUGGUAGCUAAUCAUUUAAAAAAUGCAACACUGAACUCAGCAGAAAAUUUAGUGUCGUAAGCUCUAAUCAAGUUAAUUGAUAGAUUAUGCCACUAAAGCCUUAACUGACUGGUCAUUGUGGGCAUAUUUUUUUGAAGUUAGCAUGACUGAUUUGCUACUUGUAAUAGGGAACGAAAAAGAAAAUGUUGGAUUCUAAACAAUGCAAGACAAGUGCAUAUUAUUGAAUUGUUACAUCAUAAAAUGUUCACAAAUAGUUCAAAAAUAAUUCCCAAGUAAAGUUUUGAAUUUCAGAAAAUAUUAUAUAUAAACCAUGCUAAAUCUGCUUAACUUUCACGCCUCACAGUUAUUUCAUUCACUUGAAAUUCUUUGGUUAUUAUUUUUAAAAAAUUAAGAUUCAGAUCUCAAUCAGCUUAGGCCAUUGGGAAGUUUCCACGCAUUCCUGGUUCGAUAGUUGGAAGUGGAGACUAAAUCCAAUCAUACCUCCUCCAAAAAUAUUGUAGGCCUAAUGUCUGGAUGGGGCUCUUCAGCUUCAGGAAAUGUUAGUGCAGUUACCCACUGCUCCGCAACUUCUAAGUGAAUCAGAUGACCUUCCUUAAGUGUUGAGCUUACAAACUUGCAGGAAAAAAUCAUUAAUGUUAUAUGUACUGAAGUGAAAAGUAUUUCUCUUCAGUGUCUUACUCUCUAGUGUUAAAUGAGUUGUAUUUCUCUUCCACCUAAUCUCUAAAGGUGCGUGGUGUUGGAACUGGAGGUAUAGUGUCUACAGCCUUUUGCCUCCUGUACAAGCUAUUUACCCUGAAGCUUACCCGUAAGCAAGUGAUGGGGUUGAUAACUCAUACGGACUCCCCCUUUAUUAGGGCCCUUGGAUUCAUGUAUAUUAGGUAAGUAGCCAUAUACUUAACUGUCAGCUAACUUUGUUGCAAAAAAUGUUAUUAAAUUUACACAGUCUCUUUGUACUUCAAGGUACACACAGCCUCCAACUGAUUUAUGGGACUGGUUUGAAUCCUUUCUUGAUGAUGAGGAGGUAUGUCAACAAGGGUAAUAAUUUACUUUCUUUUCUUUCUGAAAUCUUAAGUAAAGUAACUUUGAGAUGAACUUCUGUAUGUUGGAAAACAGUUUUUAACCAUGUGAAAAGUAAAACCUUUCUCAUCUUUAAUGGUUUGCAAACUUGCAAUGAACAGAGACUACGGGACAUUCUUCCACCCUUAAAAUAAGUUGGAAUUGAAUAUAUCACCAGCCUAACUGUUUGGGGGCAAAUGGAAUGCAUACUUAGAAAGAUAACUACAGUAUGGGACAAUAUCUCUAUCUUUUAACCAAGUAUGAAACCUGAAAAAUCAGGUGGGUGUUUGUUUGUUUGUUUACGUGAAAGUAAAUGGACAAUGACGAAGCAGAAUUGAAUGGGGCAUCUGCAGUCUGUAGUUGCUUUCUAAAAUUUUCAAUUCAUAGCACUGCCACUGAACUAGCAAAUUUCUUUUAACCUCUUAACUUUCAAAUAGUGAUAAUAAGACCAUACAGAAACUGCUGAAAGGGGUGCUAUUUUUAGUGUGGAUUCUCUUUUCAGCAGCAUUUUUACCACACAUCUCAGAUUUCAGCCUUUGUCCUAAGUAUAUGCUAUGUUAUAGGAACUAUUGAAUUUUGCCACUAGAAGUAGUCAUUGAUGAUUCAUACUAAUACCUUGCAGUGUAGUUUGCUAGUUACUGCCACAGUAAAUGUUUAGAUCCCAUGCAAAAAAAUACCUUUAGGGAUCCAGCACACAAUCGUAAUGUCUCGCUUAGACUACGCAGUGCUCUUUUUAAGGUUACAUGACUAUUUUAUGCUUGUAGUUUUUGCUCUAAUGGCAUAUAUUUUGACUUCCCUUAAUCUAAUAAUACAGAAUGGCAUUCUUGGUUCCUGUUCAUUAACUGCUUUAUGAUCACUUUGGCCUCUUUUUCAUGUAACUGAUUAAAACUGUAGUAACACAGAAAUAUCAUUUCUACAUAUUAACAUUUCUCUCAGUUUGCCACUGUUGAAGAUGUGAAAGCAGUUCAGCGUUGUGUCUCUGGAUGUAUCUAGCUAAAUGUUGUUAGUGCUUUGACUUUUUCACUGAUGCUCUUAUUUUUGUAUGUACCACUUCAGGUACUACAUUUAAGCCAGUGUUUUAUUUUCUUCUUUAGAUCUCUGUGCAGCAGUUUUGUUUGGAAAUACUGUAUAUCUGAACACUUAAAUGUGUGUGAGUGCAAGCAAUUUUACAUUGAGAUUUUCUCUUCCUGUUUUAGAUAACAAAUCUCACUUUCCUUGUGUGCUUGCACUAUAGGUUUGGGCCUGACAAUAGCUGACUAACAUGUCCUGAGCUGUGAGAGGGCAUAGCAAGAAGGCCUUCAUGCGGUAAUGACCCUUUUCCGAGACAAUGGUCAUCAUGGAUUAUGCGUUUCCAAUUAUUUGUUCCUUUAUUUAUUUUUUUGCAUAACUCUAAAUUAGAAACCUCACUGCUUCAUGGCAGUUGGUUUGCUAUUGCUUCCGAUUUAGGCAGGGUCCAUUUUCUACUACAACUUUUUCUGGUCAUUUUUAGACAGGAAAUAGUCAUCCUCAAUUGUUCAGUUGUGACCACAAUCCUCAAAAAUGAGAAUUAAUGUCAAGCAAGUUACGAUCUAUUUUGUGGCAUAACAGUAAAAGAUGGUAGCAUACAAGCCAGCUGUGUAAGCAAAUGUUACACUAAUCUGUUGAGACAUGAGCCCUUUACUAUUGGCUGCAGGAUUGGUAUGCACCUGCAUGCAUAUGCAUUAAAUCCGACUCCCACUCUAUAACAUAGGGCCAAAUGCAAAGGUACAAGAGUUGAAGUUCUUAGGCAAGUUAUUUACCAGCAAAAACAGCUAAGCCGUCAUAUUUGAAACUUGAAAGAUGGCAAUCAGUAUAGUAGCAUUUGUUCUAAAGGAAACUCUUGAUGGUUUCUUACAUUCAGAAUUUGUGUUCUGUUUUGUGUUUGUUUUUUGAAGGACCUUGAUGUGAAAGCAGGUGGCGGCUGUGUCAUGACCAUUGGAGAAAUGCUGCGCUCUUUUCUAACUAAGCUGGAAUGGUUUUCUACGUUAUUUCCAAGGAUUCCUGUACCAGUACAAAAGAACAUUGAUCAACAAAUUAAAGCCAGGCCUAGAAAAAUCAAGAAGGAUGGCAAGGAGGGAGUAGAAGAAGUAGACAGGCAUGCGGAACGUAGACGUUCAAGGUUAUACAUUAACUUUCCAAAAUAAGUUACUUAAUUUAGACGUUGUCAUCAUAUAAUUUCACAUAAUCAAAACUUUUUGUAGUUAUGUUUGCAGUGUGGUCUUCUAAAUGAGUAAUAGCAUUUAUGUAGUACUUUAGAUAGCUUCACAUACAUUAUCUCAAUAAUCCUUACAAUUUCUCUAUAGGAAUGGUGGUAUUCCCAUAUAGCAGAUGAGCUACGCUAUGUUUUGUUUAACUUAGUGUAUAUGGCUAAAGUAAGAGUCUGCUGGCACAAGUACAUAACCCUUUAUCUAGAGUGGGUUGAUUCUAGGCAUGUAUGGUUUUCCUUACCAGAUAAGUAUGGUCCACGUGUGUUUUAAAAUUAUGAGAUGCAAAUGCAUACUUGGAACAAGGCAUCAUUUAAUGUUUAUUAUCCAGAAUAUGCACUUUGGCUUGGCUGGAGCUAGCUUUCACCUAGGCCAAUAGUAUUUGCAAGAAUCCUAGCAACCACCAAGUGCUAGGUAGUCUACCUGAAACUAUCCAGUGGUCUAUCAACAGACCAUGGUGUACAGUUUGUCUACUGCUACUGUAUACUAACACCAGCUGUAGAACACUUUAUUAAUAUUUAUGCAGACCUCUAAAAAAUAUUGGAUGAUUUGAUACACUUGAUAAGUACAGGGAAAUAGAACGAAAAGGGUAUACAGUAAGUACAGUGUGAAAGUUUGCUGAAACUCUUGUUGGGAAAAUUCAAUUUCUUAAGCAUUUCUUUUCAUGUAGGUCUCCAAGAAGGUCCUUGAGCCCCAGGAGGUCACCUAGAAGAUCAAGAAGCAGAAGUCGUCAUCGUGAAGGCCGUGGGUCAUCCAGUUUUGAUAGAGAAUUGGAACGGGAGAGGGAAAGACAAAGACUAGAGCGAGAAGCUAAGGAGAGGGAGAGGCGAAGAUCUCGAAGUUCUGAUCGGGCAUUGGAGCGAAGACGAAGUAGAAGCCGAGAGAGGCACAGAAGUCGAAGUCGUGAUCGAAAAGGAGACAGAAGGGACAGAGAGAGGGAGAGGGAGAAAGAAAACGAACGUAGUAGAAGGAAGGAGCGUGACUAUGAGAAAGAGAGAGGUGUUGAAAGGGAAAGAGAGCGCUCUAGGGAGAGAGAUCGUUCUAGAGAAAAAUCAAAGGACAGAAAAAGCAAGAGUGAAAUCGAUGAGAGGAGACAUAAAGAUGAAAAAGAUGAAAGGAAACAUAGGGAUGAUAAAAGAGAUUCCAAGAAAGAAAGGAAGCAUAGCAGGAGCCGGAGUAGGGACCGGAAGCAUAGGAGCAGAAGUGUGAGUAGGAAUGCUGGCAAGCACAGUAGAAGCAGGAGUAAAGAGAAGUCAAGCAAACACAAAAGUGAAAGCAAAGAGAAAUCAAAUAAGCGAAGCAGAAGUGGAAGCAGAGGAAGAACUGAUAGUGCUGAAAAGUCCCGAAAACGAGACCUUAGUCCCACUAAAGAGAGAUCACGAAAACGUAGCAAAAGUAAAGAACGUUCCCAUAAACACGAUCACAGUGAUAAGGACCACUCAGACAAACAUGAUCAUCAGAGGAGCCAAAGUACAGAACGAGAGAAUCAAGAAAAACAAUCUAAAAACAAAGAUGAGACUGUAUGAAUGUUCAGAAGUGGAUCACAUUGAAUCCUAUAGAUGUUUUGAAAUCUUGCUUAUUUUUUCUUACAGUUGAAAUUGUGCAGUAGUUGAUAAGCACUCUUCUUCAACCUCCCUCUAGGCUGCAGAUUGUCAUUUCCUAUUUUGAGUAGGGAAGUGCCUUUGUAAUCCCGUUAAAUGCGUUGACUAUUUCCAGCCCAUUUGUUUAGUUAAAUUCAUGAUGCGAAUCUGUUUGUGAAUUUUUUUUUAAUUGUUCAAAUGUUUCCAAAAUGUACAAUCUGUACAUACGUCCUGAAACUGUUCUAAUCCUUUUGGCAUGGUUUGCCAUGUUGGUUAAAUUUGUAUACGGCAAUAAAACUGCCACUAAUUCUACUUUGUUUUAUAGAUGUGGAAUUAUGGUUUCUAUCUUUGACUUAGCAUGGCUGUGCUUUGCAUAAUAGUAUGGCAGAAGCUCUUAAGGAUGGAUCUUGAACGUGUAUUAUAUCUAAAAUAUUUAUGUGCAUUGAACAUCCAUGAAGGUUGCAGUUCUAGAACUUGUGUCCAUUUGUACCUCUUGUCCUGGGAAAGCAUUUAAAAUACAUUUUAUUUGUGAAACUAAAGAAAGUGUUGCAUUUAGAGUAGGCUUUUCAAGGAGGUAGCAAUUUAAGGCAGGGGUUUAGGCUUUCCUAAGGUUUAUGUUGUAGUCAGUGCUACCUCAUAGGAACACUGUUAAGAUUUAUAAGCCUAUCUACCAUCUCUACAUAGACUUUCUGGCUAGCUUUUAUUGCUCAUGUAAAUAUUAUUUCACUAUGAUAUCCCCAGGGUUUUCAUUAAAACUGUUGUGCCACUGCCCUGUGCUUUAUGAAGCAACCAUAGACUAACAAAGGUGAAAGUGGCUGAAUCAGGGAGGAGACAGGAAGAUGAAAAAUAAGGUCAAGCAGCAAACUUCAAUUUCAAGCUUCCAAAUAAUUUUUUAUAAAUGAAAAGUAAAGCAUCUUCAUAGUGUUUUUUUAAAAUGCAUAAUGUGUCUUUUUUUUUUUUUUACAAAGACUGUGGUCAUUGCUUGAGAUGAAGAAUUUCUCUCAUGCAACAGAAAAACUAGAUAAUUUUUUUCAAACACUGAUUACUUGUGAGAUAAUGUCAAAAUGCAGUAUUGAAAGAGAAUUCAUAUCACAACAGUUCAUUUCUGUUUGGUAGACUUGUUCUAGUGACCUGUAUAAGAAAUAUAAAAUCUCUGGAAUAAAGACUGGAUUAAUUUAUUUGUGGCUAUCCCCACUUGUUCAUUGCCAGCUGCAAAAAAUCAUUUUGGGCUUAUUACUCAUAAACAGUAAAAACACCAGUUCGUUGUGUAACAAGCAGGUUGCCCAUCAUAUCAAUAGAAAGAUAGAACUAUUUGGCAGGCCGGCUUCCCAAUUGUGAGUACAGUGGUACCUUGGUUCUUGAACUUAAUCUGUUUUGGGAGUUCAUUCGGCUCCCGAAACCGUUAGAAAACCAAGGCACAGCUUCCUGCACUCAAUUGGAAACCAUGGAAGCCACACCAGAUGUUCGGCUUCCAAAAAACGUUUGCAAACCGGAAAACGCACUUCCGGGUUUGCGGCGUUCGGGAGCUGAUUUGUUCGACAGCUAAGCCGUUUGGGAACCAUGGUCCAAUUUUUUUAAACUGCCUAUUUAUCUCUGGGCUUCAUUUUACCCUUUCAUCUCACUAAUAAUUACCAAGCUGUUGGAUCAUAAAGCUUAAUGGUGAAAAUAAGUUGCCCCGCCUCCAAAACAUAAAAGAGAAAACCUGUAUCCUGAACAUGUUGUGGUAGCAUUUGUGGUGGCAUUUGUCUUAGAGCUGGCAGUUUGUCUCAUGUAUUAUGAAAAGGCUGUCAGUAAUGGCUCCCCAUAAGAGAAGGGAUAUCAGCCUUGUGUUGUGGCAAUCCCACAGAGGGUAGAAAGCUGGAAUAUAGAAAGCUCCUGUCUCCAAGACUGAUGAUGAGCCAUCCUGAUCUAAUAGGUGCUGCAGGAGUCAAUACAAAUAAUGGGAGCCAGUUGUGAUGGUAGAAUGACAAGAGGUUCUGCUUGGUAGCGAACAAGGAGGUUGCAUUAGCUGUAUCAGUCUCAAGGAUGGACAUGGUAGCCAGAGUGGUAUACAGUGGUGCCUCGCAAGACGAAAUUAAUCCGUUCCGCGAGUCUCUUCAUCUUGCGGUUUUUUCGUCUUGCGAAGCACGGCUAUUAGCGGCUUUAAGAAAAAGGAAACGAACUCGCAAGACGUUUCGUCUUGCGAAGCAAGCCCAUAGGGAAAUUCGUCUUGCGGAACGACUCAAAAAACGCAAAACCCUUUCGUCUAGCGAGUUUUUCGUCUUGCGAGGCAUUCGUCUUGCGGGGCACCACUGUAUUAGCCAAGGAACUGAAAGCCACAACAAUAGUAUUAAAUCUCAGUCCAAACACAAAACUGACUGAAAUAAUACUCUGAUAAAUCUUACCUGCUUGGUUCAUUCUCUCUUUUCCUGUAGUACCUGGUAGUGUUCUGAACUUCGCUUUCCUCUGUAAAUCACUGGAAUAUUAUUCAAAAUGUUUAAACACAGCAAUUUAGACUUGAGUGACUUUAUUUUUAAAACUUUGUCUCAUUUUCAUCAAUCCUACAUGGGUAAAAUGUAGUUUCCCAGCAUUUUAAUUUGUAAAAUGAGAAGUGCUGGGACUUGAUUCCGUUGAGGACCAUGCAACCUUCCUGAUGGUGGGGGGCAGGGAUGCAGGGGGACUAUUUUGACUCCUGAAGAUCUUCAGGAAAAUGCAUAGGAUGAUGGUAAUAUUAGUUGACUAGAAACACUUGUAUUGAAAAUACAUUUGCAGCUUGAGCGGUGACAUAAGGUAGCUUUUGACAUCUACCAAUAUUUAGAUUGGUAAUUACCUCUUGUUGAGAUUGUGUGAAUCAGUGUUUACUUCAUGGUCAGGGUUGAAAAACCUGUGUAAGUUUGAGAACAAAUUCCUCUAGAAACAAAAGUGAUUGGUGUUUUGUUGCUGCUGCUGCUGCUGCUGCUUAUUUCCUUAAAUGGCUGAAAAUUGCUUUCUUGUUCCACUAAUGACGGCUUUGCUAUAAUCUGAGUGACACUGUUGGAUACAACCCAAACUUUAUUGACUAUUAUAUAUUUCUUUGCAAAAGGUAUGGAAAAUAAAACAGUGCAAUUUGGCCUCUGAUAAAAUUGAUUUUAAAAAAAUAGAAAAUCCCAAAAGAUAUUUAAAAGAAUUUUCAGCUUGGGUAAAAUAUAUUGAUUUAUUAGAAGAGGAAUUUGAUACAAUCACUUACCCAUUCCUACUGAACUUCCGGAGCAUGUCACUAGAAAAUGAAAUGCAAAAUUACAUAUAUAUACAGCUAGAAAGAGUCAUUGAACGGUGCUUUCCAAAGAGGAUUUCACAAUGUAACUUAGAAAAAAGCAUAACCAAUUUGUUUUAAUUUAAAGUGAUGGUUUUAACUUGAAAAUUCGAAAAUGCAAUGAAUUGGAGUUUGACUAAGAUUCAGUCAAUAAACAUGCUUCUAAAUGGGUAGAAUUGCAACAAUAGAUGUUUUCAGAAUAAAUACCAAUAUUACAUUACCUGUAUGGAGAAUGAUUAGCAAUUUCCCCACAAAUCUGAAUAAUUCAGAUCGGCAAGCACAUGUCUGGACUGAGGGGAGGGGAUCAUUGACAAGCUGCUAUAAGUAUUUUCUAGAAAUACUCCACUAGCCACUGCAGUAUCGGCAGCUCUAUUGUGUUUAAAGGUAGCUACACAGAAACCAUAAUCCAUGCAAAAACAAGAGUCUUGCAGGACCCUAAAGUAGAAUACAUUUAUUUUGGCAUAAGCUUUUAUGGAUGAGUUGAUUUCAUCAGAUGCAACAGUGGCUAAGAUGAAUAAAAUGGAAUCGUUCCCACACACCUUCAGAUAGAGACAGUUGCCAUGCCACCAUAACCCAUCACCAAAACUGGCUGACAAUGGCAUGGAGAUUUCAUGUGAUAAGAGCUCUGUGCAGCAGCCACCAAGUUUAGACUGUUUCAAGGAGUUUCCAGAGUUUUAAUUUUCUUCACUUCCACUAUCUUAAGGCCCAGCUUCUGUCCCCUUUUGCCAUUACUGCCAAAGGCCCACAAGUACCUGAAUAUAUCUUCUUAGGACAAAAUGCAGGUUUUGAUCCCUCGCUAUCAGUUACAGGUGACACCACAACUGUAUAGACAUCGCCACAGGGUAUCUCGGUAAUAUCGCAGUAAGUCAGGUCUGUGUUUGGUGUACAGGUGAAAUUUCCUUUUGAGCCAUAAAGAUCUGUACUAUAGUUGAUUGAACCUUUGGAUGUCCGCCAAUAUAUUCGUAUGCCAUUGUUGCCUAGUCUAUAUAGCUUAACCCCAGAAGGGCAGCAAGCACCUAAAGGAGGAAAACAACCAAGAACACUUAAUUCAGUUUGGUCAUUCCUCUUGGGGGAUAGACGAGAAAGUGGUCAGAUUUCUUUUUUAUCAAUUGAAAUGGAGAAAAUUUUCAGAAUGUCCUAAUAAAGUACUGUAGGUUCUCUCAAAGUGUAAGCUUUUAGGAGUUGUCUAGGACAGUAAGGGACGCGGGUGGUGCUGUGGGUUAAACCACAGAGCCUAGGACUUGCCGAUCAGAAGGUCAGCGGUUCGAAUCCCCGCGACGGGGUGAGCUCCCAUUGCUCGGUCCCUGCUCCUGCCAACCUAGCAGUUGGAAAGCGCAUCAAAGUGCAAGUAGAUAAAUAGGUACCGCUCUGGCGGGAAGGUAAAUGGCGUUUCCGUGCGCUGCUCUGGUUUGCCAGAAGCAGCUUAGUCAUGCUGACCACAUGACCCGGAAGCUGUACGCCGGCUCCCUUGGCCAGUAAAGCGAGAUGAGUGCCGCAACCCGAGUCGGUCACAACUGGACCUAAUGGUUAGGGGUCCCUUUACCUUUAGGACAGUAAUCUAGGAAUGGCUAGGCCCAGAAAACCGCAAGCAGCAGCGGAUUCCCAGAAGUGAGCUUUUUCAGCCCUCUGGUUCCCUCUGAAAAGUCUCAAGCGUGUCAUGGGACCCUUCUGAACAGUGCAGGAUGGGAUGGGGGGGGUUCUGCUGUAGAAAUAGGAAACUUGCCCAAAGCAAGGGGAGAUGCCUCGCCUUGUUUUGCCCAAUGUUGUUUCCUCUGUUCUCCACAGCAUUCCAUAGUCCACACCACUCAGGAGUCUUAACCCUCUGGAAAGAGGGACAUUUGCAGGAAGGGAUGGCAGCCCCUUCUGCAAGCUUCCAUCUAACUUCAGGAUCCAAACCAGUGAGCAUAGUUUGAGCAUUUAAUACGAGGGUGGAAAUGUAGAAAUACCAUGCAGGUACUUAAAAAUACAUUUUCACAUACUUACUAGAAGAAAAUCCAUUGUAUAUGCAAUCUGAUGUUAAGCCUGUUUCACUGAUCACUUUGAUAGACACACUGUAGUUGGUUCCACAUGUAAUGCAUCCCAAGAGGCAAUAGUUUUGGAGUGUGUGACACCUGGCACGUCCUUUGUGCGAUUCCAGAAUUGCUAUGUACGUCUUUGCGCCGGUCCCAGUAGACCAGCUGAUGUUUGUUACAGACUGUGUCACUUGAGUUACUGUGAGAUCCACUGGGCAGCAAGGUGCUUGAAAGAGGAAAAUACCUAGUAAGUGGUUGUGUGUGUAUUUACUCCAUGCACAGAACUACAUUCUUAGGUGAAAUUUUGGCACUUUAGUUGAAAAUUUAAAAUGAUUCCCAAUUGCCUGCAUCACAAGCUUUUAACUGGUCACCAUAUUUUUUCACUUAUUCAUUGCAGUUUCUAAUAGAUACAAAGGACAUAUAUCAGGUAAACAGAGAACAAAUCGGGGGUUCUGUGGGGUGUCACGGACAAAUAAUAGGUGCACGUAUGCUGUAGCAGUACAGUCUGUAACAAAAGAAAGGAGCUUAGCACCAUAAAUAAUUUACGCCUUCCAAAUUUCUAUAGCAACCACUGAUAAGGAUAUAAAGAAAAAGGUUCCACCAAGCAGAAUAGCUGCCACCAUAAAUAUACUCAGAAUAAAUAUACUGUGCUGAUUUUUUAUAUUUAUUUGUUAAAUACUACCCCCCCCCCCACUUUUUAUUUCCUGCAUCAUAUCCUGCAUCCUGCAUCAUUUUUUCCCUUCAGUCACCCUAGAUCAGGGAUGGAGAACCUAGAACUACAACUCCCAUCAUCCAUGACCAUUGGCCAUUCUGGCUGGGACUGAUGGACUCCAACGGCAUCUGGAGGUUCCCCAUCUCUGCCCCAUAUGGCCACCUACAUGCAUCAAGUGGAAUAGCUGGCCCUGCUGGCAGUCAUUACUGAGACUAAUUUUUAUUUAAUCUCCAUGCAAACUAUAUGAAUUUUUUAAAAAAUACACAGAAAAUUUAAUUUGGAAGUUGUUUAAUAAUCUAAUCAUUGAUCCAUGAUACAUCUUGGGUGGGAUUUAGUGACUAGACCCACUGAAAUUAAUGUAGUACAUGAGCAGAAUGGAAGGCAGGCUAUAGGGGUGCCAAAUUAUGGCCGCACACAGAGUGCCACUGAAAUCUGAAAGACUUAAGUCCACCCCUAGUACCUGAGGAGGCAGUAUGAGCUGGUCCAAUUGCUAACCAUAUUUGAUCAACUAUUUGUAUAUACUUUGUAUAUCCUUUGACAUACUGCAAGUACUAUAACUCCCAAUCUAUCUUUGUGAUACAUAAGGAGGAGUCAUUGUUAGCCAGCAGAUGUAUUUGGAUAUGGGCGACCUUGGUUAAAACUUCAGCUCAGAUGAUGAGCUGCUGUCCCCUGUUAUAAAAAGGGAGCGAUACCUAAAAGGUAAAUAACAUCUCAGCAAUUGUAACUUACCUGUCUCCAAAGGCACACUGUAACUAGGCAAGCUGUGACCUGCUUCUGUGCUUGCUACAGUGCUGACAGAGAACAGUGACCCACAUGGAAGAUUAUGGAUGGUGCAUGAAUUUCCCGAGCUUGCACAAUGCCAAAUUCCUGCCUCUCCUUUGGCAGUGACUGUGUACAUCGCUUCAUCAUUAUUGGCAUGCCAGUGCACACUAAUUACAGAAAGAGCAUCCUUUGAGACACUUAUUAUUUCCGGACUACAUGGAGCUGAAAGAUUUUAGAUGGAGCAAAUUCAAACUGCAUUCUUAUUUAUGGAUUUUAUGUUGCACUAAGACAGCUGUAGAUUAUUAAGAAUCUAUGAUCUUAAAAAAAAACCCCAGAGUUACAAAGACUGUAUCCUCUCUGUCCAAGUUUUGCUCCCCUCCCAAAACAUUUCACUUAAAUUUGCACGUGGGUGUAUUUUCAGUCUUUAGAAAACCAACCUUGAAAUAAAUACAUUCUCCAUAGCACAAUCAGUUGAAAGUCCUAAAAGGUCUUAGGAUACCAAAUUAGAGGGGUUAGUAGCGGCUUAACUGCCAUAAUGCCAUAGUGUUUUAUGUGCAAACUCAGGGGCACAGGGCAACAAGUUGUUGUACAAUGCUGAUAUAUAGAGCAAGGAUGGGGAACUGGGGGUUUUCUAUAAGUUGUUGGACUCCUUCAUUCCUGACCAUUGGCCAUGUUAGCCAAUGUUUUUUUAAACUCCUUUGAGACACAGUUGUUAGCAGCAGCAACAACAGCAAUGAACAUUUUUAUUUGAAGUUGGCAGUAAAUCAUACUUAGCAUUUAAAUUACAAGAAUGGCUAGGAUUGCAGCUCUAAAAGAAUCAGUGACCUAAAGUUUUGCAAAUCAAAAUGCCUACUGGAAAUGUUAAUCCCAGAGUCAAAACACACAGCGGGAGUGUACUUAAGAUGUCAGAACAGCACAAACAAAACCAUCCUGCAUAUUCAGAGCUAGUGUGUUGGGGGAAUGCUAUCUCAAAAUGUCCCUGACAUGUUAGCUUUAUAUAUGCAAAAUAUUUUAAAUGGGAGAGCACUUAAAUAUUUUAUCUCCCAGAAGUGCAGUCUGGGAGUGUUGCAAUCCAGCAAAACAUACAUGAGAUUGAUGAGUAUGCAAAACAAAACAGAGAUCAGAUUUUGAAACAGCAGUCUGAACUCAGAAAUUCCACUAGAUAUUUCCUUCCACUCAAAACAGUAUGACAAAUAUACUCCGUUCAGUUCCAAUAGUUCCAAUAUAUGAGUUACAAUGCAGUACUGGUUCACCUUUACAGCUUGUACAGUUACUUUUUAACUUUUAAAUUGAAACUUGUAAAUUGCAAACUGAAAUAGUACCUGUUGCCACGUGUUUAGAUGUGCAUGAUGUAUUGCUGCCUCUAAUUUCACUGAAUGAAUAAACAGUUAUAUUGU